AGGCGCUGGACUUUGCCAGCCCUCAGCGUGGCAGAGCUGACGUUCGCAGGAAGGUCUUGGAGCCAGGCCUUUCGGGAGAGCCUCUCUCCGAUCAUGGCCUUCCUGUGGAGGAUACAGUAACAGGCGAGGCCCUCUUGAACGCUGCCAGCAAGAGACUCGAAGAGUUGCAGGAAAGAGAGAAGGCUUUAGAUCAUUUGCUGACGGCAAUGGAUGAAAUCCAGCAGAAGAGCGCACCAGUCAUGGAGGGCUUGGCGACAUUUGAGGAGGCACUGCAAAACGCCAGGGAAAAGGGCGUCGCGAAGGAUUUGAAGCUUGGGGAAGGGGUCUUCCUGCCCUGCUCGAAGGAUGAGGAUCAAGCCUGGGC